UGGGUCCUUUGCACCGAGAGCGAACGGUCGGGGCCGAACUACAGAGUUACAGAGACCCAAAGUCCGUUUCUAUCGUAAGGGAAGGACGUGCUAGUCUCAUCAGCGUCUCCAAGAUAUAUACGAGCUAUACGUGAUUUUUGUUGUAAGUUAGCCUUUCUCGUGAGUUCCCGUUUCGAUUUUCCAUUUUCUCUUCUCUUUAUCACACCUUGAUCGCGAGUGAAACGUGCGUAAAUUUUGGAAUUUCGACAGACAUCGUAUAAAUUAUCAGUGACGAGAGAGAUUACUUGUACCGGUGUACACUGUGCCAUGGGGAUCUAGGAACGGUCAGGAAACGAGACGCAUGACAGACGAUAUCAGGCAAGCGUUAUUAGGUGAGAGCUCAGUAGCUUUUGGCGACACGAUCGAGAGAUGUCGGAUGCCGCCGGCACGGACAAUCCGGCGUUCGCCAGCGAGGACGAAUGCGGUCCCAAGACGGAAAACGGCGGGCAGCAGCAAGUGACCUUGGAUCAGGAUCGCAAAUCCUCCUCGGCGGAUUGCGCGCCGGUAGAAAAUGGCCAGCGAUCCUUCAUCUCUCAGCACUACGUUGAGCCCGUCAAAGCGAUCUCGGAGCCGUGUUAUAAAACGGAGACGAGGAUCGAGUUGCCGGACGAGAACACGGAGAAGAGCGUACCGGAGCCAAAGCUCAAUGGCAUCCACGGAAAUGGGAAUAACAACGACGCUAGUUUCCUCAACAACAGCACUACGAGCGUGCAGAUCAACGAAUCUGGAAAGAAGGAACAGAUUGAGGCCGUAAACCUGGAACUGGUCUCGAUGAGGCCAUACACGGGUAACAAUAUCCAAACGAAAGGUCAGGAAGCAUGCGAGGUACCAGCUGAUCCUUACGAGGAGUACUUUGUGCCGGUUAACGAGCAUCGAAAGUACAUCAGAGGUCCCGAGGCCGAGGUUGAAACGACUGUGGCUGGAGUGCGUUUUGAUUUGGGCCCGGGUGUCGGCCGCGAGGGACUCAGCCUGAGAGACCCUGCCGCCGGACUGGUCGACUAUUCCCACUGGCUGACAGCCCUCAGAGGCGAAAAACUUUACGUCACGAAGGACAAAAGGUCCAGAAACUCGUACUGGAAACAAUUACUCUGCGGAUUCACAAUAUUGGUCGUGGUGAUUGCUAUGAUUAUCAUUAUUUUGGCCGCAACUGGUGUGAUCUUCGCACAAGAACCUACGGAACCAUUGGAAAAUGUAAAAGAUCCACCGUUAAGUACACCAUUUUUAACCUCGACUUUCCCACCGUGGCCUACAACUGACGAAACGCUGUUUCAAAUUAUACCGGAUGCUUUAAAUGGAAUCCUGCAACUGGACGAUUUCAAUUGGAGCAACGAUUUUAGUGAUACCAAGUCACGAGUGUAUCGUGAAGUAACUGCUGAGAUAGAAGAGCAUUUAGAAAAUAUUCUUCAACGAGAAAACAAGAAACCUAUAAUCAAAGUAUAUAAUAUUAAUAAUGAAGGUGAAAUAAAAUUCAGAAUAAGUCAUCCACCUAUGGAUAAUCCAAAGGAGAAUCAGGAAUAUAUCAAAAAGACAUUACAAAAAAACAAUAAUAUGAUUGGACGGUAUCAUUUGAACAGACUUCAAGUAGAAAAUCUUAUUGAUCAGUGUGAGCACGGCAAUCUCCAGUGCGCCGAAAGUUGUAAAUACGAUUAUUCUAUGAGUAUAUUUAUGUGUACCUGCAGUCCAGAAAAGAUACUGGAUCAGGAUGGUAAAACUUGUGUGGAUAACGACUUGAGUAACGUCGAAAUGGACGAUGUAAUGCCACAAUCUAGCACGGAAUCAAUUCAUGAUUUUGUUCAAGGUAGAAGCAGAGAUCCAAACACGGCACAGUUCGAAAUCAGGCAUUCCAAUAUGUGGGAAAAUUCGGAUCCAAAAACAAGACCAGCAGAAACAUCUACAUCGGAAUCUAAAAUGGAAGUCGAUCAUCCACAACUUGAGGAAAAAUCGACAAUAAUACAUCCGUUCGAAUCUACACCGACAACAAAACACAAUUUUGAGAAUCACGAACAUUUGCAUCAUUCAAUGGAAACCAUUUUUGAAGAACCUGCUGUUGAACCAGAAUCCACAGCUGAACCAGAGCCUACAGCUGAACCAGAGCCUGUAGCUGAACCAGAGCCUACAGCUGAACCAGAGCCUGUAGCUGAACCAGAGCCUACAGCUGAACCAGAGCCUACAGCUGAACCAGAGCCUGCAGUUGAACCAGAGCCUACAGCUAAACCAGAGCCGACAGCUGAACCCUCCGCCGAGCCAGAGCCUGCUGCUGAAGUAGAACCUACUGUUAAAUUAAUUGUUCCACCAAAAUCCACUCAAUCAGAAUUGAACGUUGAAUCAGAGCUUACAUCAGAAUCUGUAUUAGAAUUUUCUACAAAAUCAGAAAUUGUUUCUAAAAUCGAAUCUGUUACUGAAGCAGAAUCUAUCACUGAAAGAAAAACUGCUACGGAAUCAGUAUCUGUCACAGAAUCAGCAACAACUAUCGACGAAACAGAUGACGUAAUAUCGAAAACAGAAUCACAUUAUGCGAUGUCAACAGAAUCACAUUUAGAGUCAAAUACUGAAAUAUUUAAUCAGCCGAAAUCUACUGUUAAAUCAAUGUCUCAUAAUGAUGCCGAAUCUACACAAAUGUCACUUUUAGAGGAUGCGAAUACAACUAAUGUACCUAAAUCUCUUGCAGAUUCGUUAAAUGAAAAUAACAAUUCCGAAAUUGAUAAAUCUUUGAUUACAACUAUGAAGACUAAUGAAUAUUCGAUAGAUGAUAAUAUAUCCUUGCAAGUAAUACCUUUAACAUCCACAAAUAAAUCUAUAGAUAUAGAUAAAGAUGUGGAAAUUAAAAUGGAGUCAACAACAAUGCAAUCUUACACUAAUGAAGACGAUAAAAUAAAUGAAAGCACAACUAUCGAAACUAGUUUUACUACUUUAAAUUAUGAAGAUUUAAAACAGAAUAAUGAUGAAAAUAUUAUAUCAAAUAAAUCUCAAAAUCAUGAGAAUUCAAAUACAGAACAAUUUACACAAAAUCCUUUCGACUUUCGGGAAGAAAAAGAAAAUGACUCUACUACAGAAAUAAAUCGUGAUGUAAAUUUGAGCAAUGACUUUACGAUUAGUAAAGAACUCGAUUCAACUACUGUAUCAACUAUAUCAGUGGAAAACAGAACAGAAUUAAUAAUUAAAACCACGAUUAAUGACAAACAUUCUCAUACAAUAGAAAUAAAUGGCAUAAAUAAUAAAAAUGAAGAAAUAUAUAAUAAUUCUAAAGUAUAUGAGACGACCAUGAUACCAGAAACUACUUAUACUGACACGUCCACUCAACCGAUAUCUGUUUAUCAAAAAGAACACAGCGUAUCCGAAUACGCAUUACAAUCUAAUACGCAAGAUUCGAAUGAGAAAAAUGUCAUCGAACAUAUGCCGACAACAGUUUUUCCUAAAGUACCAAAAAAUUUUGCUCAUAACGUCGAGCCACUGAAAGAACCUAUGACCAUGAAACCGCCAGAAGACGAGCACAUUAUGCUUAUAUCGAAAACCGAAGAGCCUGUAGAGAUACAUGCAAUAAUUCCACAACUUAUUCCGGAACAAAGUCAGUCCACACAAAAUGAAUCUUUGAAAACAGAAAAUUCGACAGAAAUAAAUAACAGAGUCGUAAUUAACGAAGAUGACUUGAAUACGAAAAAAUCUAUAGAAGAUAUAUUCUCGAUCGAUUCAUCUACAAUGCGUAAUGACAAAAAUAUCGUUCAUACGGAUAAUAAUGGAUAUACAAUUUAUUCUGACGACGUUCAACAUUCAACGAACCAUCCUCUUCACCCGGCGAUACUACCAGAAAAUUCGGUAAAUCAUUUCGCGGGAAAAUCUGAUGCAAAUGAUGAUCGACAGGUAGAGGAUAUGUCACCCUUCUUGCCGGAUAUCCACAAGGAAAAAGAAAACGCAAAAAAAGCACCGCGAUUGGAUAAAGAUGAACAAGACGUUCCUAAUCCUUUCGAAACUCAUAUCGAUGACGUCAUAACACAUCGGCCAUUAAUACAUAUUAAUGCAGAUGACGUCAAACAUAUAUUAAAUGAAACUGAAUCUAAAGAUUUAUUAAACGACAUUAAUUUAUAUUCAGUAAAUAAUGAAAGAAAAACAGAUAUCACAGAGGAAACUACAAAAAUCAUUGAAACAAACGCAGCAGAUGACGUUAAAAACAUUAUAAGGAAUGAUUUAAAUAUAAGCGAGAUUGUAAACGAUACAGAAUCUAAAAUUUAUGACACAUUGCAUCAAGAUAAUAAUUUUGCAAAAUUAGAUAACUUAACGAAUGAUGCUAUAAAUCAGGAAAAUAGCAAUUCUUCCGUUAUAAAGAAGGAAGAGGAUGAUGAUAAAGCAUUGAAAACGAUAGCAUCGACGAUAGAGGAUAAAACAGUAGAUUCAUUUUUCCAAACUACAAUGCAACCCACAGAUAAUAAAACGUCAGAUUCUGUUAAAGAUACUACUAUUAUUAUCGAAAAGAAAGUAGAAGAUCUUGGAGAUUCCGUGAUAGAAAGUGGUACGACCAGUUUAGAAAAACCAGAAGAAAAUGCUGUAGAAGAUCAAUAUAACGACAUUACGGAUGAAAGUUUGUCAAAGGGUUAUCGACACGGUAAUGCCGGUCACAAAGACAUUCCAAUUAAAGUUGUGGAGGGAUCCAAAAAAACGAUUUUGAAUGAUAUUGAUUCUAUAAUUUCUUACAAUCGCGUGCCUUCGUCAACAACCCCAUCCGAUAUCAUGAAGGAAAGAAAUGAAACGAACAUGGAUGUAACACAAAGUUUAAAUGCAACAGUUAAAGGUGUUUUGGAAAAACAGAUGGAAGAUGCCAGAUUGACCACUCAAGAACCUGUGUUACCUAUGGAAAUCCAACAGGAAAUGUCGACAACAAUAGCGACCGAUAAAAUUGAGAUUACCACUGUGAUCGAUAGCGAUAAACGAGAAGAAAAUAAUAGGGAACAACUGAAAAUUGAUCGUCAAUCCGAUGAAAGAGAAGCUGAUAAAAUAGCGCAGAUUACAACGAUUCAAUCCACGCUAGAGACGAAGACCACAGCUCAAGUGCCGAUCCAGCCCGAGGAACUGCAAACGACAGAGAAUGACAUAUUAACGACAACGUCAAUGCCGAGUCAAGAGAAGGAAAUGAUGAAUCAAAAAGCUAUUGACAAAACGAAGCCGCAAAUUUCCACAGAGAAUAUCAUGGAUUAUACGACAAAAAAUAUAACUGACGAGAAAGAAAACGUUGCCAGCGUCGAAGUGAACAGUACAUCAUCGGAAAGAAGCAUGACAGCGAUGAUGUACGAGAAUAAUAUGAAUGCAGAAUCUGGUCGGGAAAUUGGAUCUGAUAAAAAUAUUAAUGAUUCGGAUAGAAUUAUCGAGACCUCGACGGAAAGCGCGAAGAUUGAGACUACUCUUAUGAUGUCUGCGAUGGAAAAGAAUGUCUUAAAUGGCGUAGAAAGAACUUCGUCCAACGAUGUUACCACUACAGAAGACAUCAGACCGGUCACGGAAAUGUUGGAUGACACGCAGCCUGAAACAGAAUCGUUCAGAAUAUUCAUCACAACACCGAGACCGAUAUUGAUCGAGCCGGAACUCUCUGAAGAGGCACUCCGAGUGAUACCGUUGGAGAAAAGUCAAGAAAGCAAGAAAAAAACAGCUGACAAAAAGGGAUUCGAUAAGUACAAAUAUAAAAAAGAGAAAGACCUGAGCUUAGAAGAACACAAUGAGAAUAAUGCAUUGACGGAAAAAUCGAGUUCAACGAUUUUUUCUCAAACGGAACCAUCGAGGAUAAUUAUCAAAAAUUAUGAGGAAUCGAACGAUAGUGUAGUGAGCUCUGACUUGGAUCCAAGCAUAUCCCGAUUUAAUUUAUUUGAUAGAGAAGGUAACGUUUUGCCGAUAUUAUCGAAGAAUAUGGAAAACAUCGACGAAAGCGGCAGCAUCGAAAAUAAAGGAAUAAUCAUGGAAAUAAAACCUAAGAAUUAUCCCAGCUUCAUACCCGUGUCGGAAGAGAUAAUAGAGCCGGUACCAGUCACAGAACCGUACAUAGUCAAAACGCGAAAUUAUACUCCUACGAUCGUAUCGAGCACUUUCGAAACAGAAGAGAGUACGGUUGUGAACGAGACGGCAAUCGAAGGUCAUACGAAUGACCCAGAAAUGGAUCUCUCUCACAUCCACGUGAGAGCGAACGAAACGACUGAACAACCUGUCACUUAUCUCUCCGAUCAAUCAUUCGGCGAUGCCGAGGAAAUAGAUCGCGUUACGAAACAACUGUCCACGAUCCGAUUGACCGUUGGUCCGACCACACCAAUGGACAUGGAUGUCGAAAGCGCAACUACCGUUGUCAGCUUCUCGGGAUUUGCACCUAAUGCAAUCCUCUCGAAAUGUAUCACCGGUCAAUUUCAAUGUGCCAACGGCACGUCCAGAGACAGCGCAUACUGCGUUCCAUUAUCCGCCAAAUGCGACUCCAAGAAUGACUGUUCCGAUGGCUCGGACGAAUUAAAUUGCGAAGAUUGCUCAGGUAACUUCCGCUGCGCCAGCGGACAGUGCCUGAAGAGGCACUUUGCAUGCAACAAGAUCCUGGAUUGCGACGAUGGCAGCGACGAGCGCGAUUGUGAGAAUUGGAAGUGUCAAUCUGACGAAUUCACAUGUCCAAGCGGGAGAUGCAUUCCGGCAUCAUGGCAAUGCAACGGACGACCCGAUUGUGAAGAUUAUCGGGAUGAAUACAAUUGCAGCGAAAGUUGUAAAGAUAAUCAGUAUUUAUGUCUAACGGAGAAGUGGUGCAUUCCACAAACGUGGCGUUGCAACGGAAUUGCUGAAUGUGUAAACGAAGAAGACGAAAAGCAGUGCGAUUGCGGUCUAGAUCAAUUCAAAUGUCAAACCGGUGGAUGCAUUUCCUCGAUCCAAAAAUGCGACGGCGUUAAAAAUUGUCCUGAUUAUUCAGACGAAUGGAAUUGUCUAAUUACCAAUAUCACUGCGGAAACGGAUAUCAAUACCGAGAAUAAUAUGGCGAGCGAACCAAGUGAUAACGUGUCACUGUUGAAGAUAAGACAAUAUGACAACGAAUAUCGACUAGUCUGUUCGGAUGGAUGGAGCGAAGAAUUUAGCGAUUCCUAUUGUCGGACUUUGGGCUUCGCUGGAGCCGAGACGACUAAGAAUGUUCGACUAUCUGCGGAAAAAGAUCGAAGCGAAAAAAUUCUAAGACUGAAAACGAAUCCAAAUCACCGUCUGCCACUAGUCACGAAUCUAGAGCAAGUAGAAUUUUGCGUGUCGGAUAAAGUCGUGCAAGUGUCGUGCCAAGAAUUUUCAUGCGGUCUGCACGAUGCUGAAGGAUCGACCGCGAGAUUAUCUGGUGCCACGCCAGCUAACGAUGGACAAUGGUCCAGCGUGGCUCUGUUGAAGGAGCUAAAACACGGGACCGCUUGUACAGCCAGCAUAAUCGGUCCCAUGCACGCUCUGGCCAGUUACUCUUGUAUUUACAGAUACAAGGAUGGCAAUAAAUGGCAACUUUUCGCCGGUGAGGAUAUGCUGAAAGGGCAAUCCGUGAAAAAUAUCGUGCCCUAUCCUCAAGUAAAAUAUAAUCAGUUCCUGUACAAUAAUGAUAUCGCCCUGAUCGAAUUAGAGGAACCGUUAGUGUUUUCCAGAAACAUUAGCGCCGUAUGUCUUCCCAGACAGCCUAUCCAGAGACAGAUUUGCGUAAUAGCAGGAUGGGGAUUUUCUAUGAACGGGGAAAUAGAUUUACAACAAUAUCUCAAAUUCUUGUCUCUUCCAACAUAUGAUUCCGAUAAAUGUAAUGCCACGAGUCAUUCAGGAUUUAUUACGGAACACAAUAUAUGUGCAAGAUUGACUGAUACGGAUAAAGGCCCUUGUUAUAAUGACGAAGGAGCGCCACUAAUGUGUGCCAGUGAAUCACAGGGUAUACCAGAAAGAUGGGAAAUACAAGGCUUACUAAGUUAUCAUAGCAGAUGUUCAAGGGAUCAUCCAGCAAUUUUCUCGAGCUUAGAGCCAGCGCUCUCGUGGAUACGCGAAUCCGUGCCAGCUUUGCAAACGCAAAGCUAAAUAAUUAUUAUAUCGAUUUUUCGAGAUAUAUGAGAAGCUGGUAUUCACGAUAUUGUAUACUAAAUGAGAAUGGCAAGUUUAAUAGGCAAGAAAAAAUCGUCAUUAUAAAAAGAUUGUACUAUAGAAGAAAAAUUUGCGUUAAACUCUCUUUUUAUAUUGAAAAAUCAUACAUAUUCAAUUUUUACACACAUUUAAUUAAAUUCACAUCCCUCUUUUUUAUAAUUUUUGUUCCUACUUUUUUUUGAUAAUUCUCAAAUUUCUCCCCUAUAAAAAUUUAACAAUAGAACAAAAAAUAAGCACUUAAAUUCUGUACAUGAUAACAAAACAUAUGUAAAGAAAAUGAAGAUAACAAAAUUAUAAAUUGAUUUAUAAUUAAGGAAAUAUUAUGUAAAUAUUGUAUAAAGUAAUUGUUUAUUAUGGAUAAUGUGGUAUAAGAGUUUAUUAGUGAAAUGGGUCUCUUAAAUUUACAUUUUUUGUAAGUAAAAUUCCUAUCUGUUAUUAUAUGUACAUGAAAUUCAUUAUUAUCUAAUGAAGCUAAAAAUUUAAAAUCUUUUGUGAUAUCCCGAAUAUUUCCAAAAUGUACUUUUAUAUAUCAAUUUAAAAUAAUUAUUUAACACAAGAGACAUCGAUACAUAUACGAUACAUGGCCGAUUAUACAUGAAUCAAUAGUUUGUCUCAGAGAUCCUAAAUAAGGAUUUCUGAAAUGAACAUAGAUAGAAUUAAGCAGUAGAUAGGCUAACUGUAUAUAUAAUAUAUAACUAUUUUAAUAAAAUACAUUGUUAUAGAAAUUAAACAGUAUGUUCAUAUAUGCAUAGUCAUUGCAAAAUGCGUAUUUUUAUAUUUCAAAUAAAAAUAAUAAAUAAAACAUAUUUUAAACA